AUGUCAGAAGACUAUGCAUUUAAAGAUUACAACCAAUAUUCAAGCCCUCAAUUAGCUGUGAUGAUGAGGAUGUCAAAUGCAUUUCAUAAUGCUCUUAAUAAUGCUAGAAUCCUGACAAACUCGACAAUUUUCAUUGCCGAUUAUGGCUCUUCAGAAUGCUUGAAUUCUCUACUUUUCUUUAAAGAUUCUUUUGCUCCUUUUCGAGAAACCUCCCAGCAGCCUAUUCUUCUUUUCCACAAUGACCUUCCCACAAAUAACUGGACGAAAUCAUUCAAAACAAUUUUAGAACACCAAAAUUCUUAUGUCAACCUCCCUAAUAUUUACUUCUCCUCUAUUGGAAGAAGCUUUUUUAAUCAAAUUUUGCCCGAUAGCUCAGUUCAUAUCGGGUUUUCUUCACUGGCAUUUCACUUUUUGUCUGAAGACCUCUGCGCACCUGAUCAUGCACUAGCUUCCUCAUCAGUUGACCAAGAAUUCAAAGAAAGAAUUGUAAAAUUUGCGCAUGAAGAUCUCAUCAAUCUCUUCCUCUUCCUAUUAAUAAAAAAAUUUUUUGGUUAAUUUUAUACGAGUCUAAAUAUAUUUGUUUAUAUUUCAGAUUGCUUUCUACUGAACCAUUCAAGUGCAAUUUUUAUUAAAUUCUAACAAUUUUUAUGAUAUUUCAAAGAUUAUAUAAUGGGGGUUAGAGCUCAGAUAUAAAGAAUUAGUAGAUCAUGGAGUGCUGCUUAUGCAGUUUGCUGGUGAGAAUAUGGAUAUUGGAGUCUAUUUGCAUGAGGCUAAUGAAAAAGCGUAUGAAAAAGGGAUAAUCAAUAGAGAAGAAAAAAGAAACUUGUCAACUGGAUCUUAUGGAAGAACGACAGAAGAAGUUCAGAGAGCCUUAGAUAUAGAGCGAGAAAAGUUUAAAGUCCUCUACAUUAGCAAAGAAAAAAUUCCUAUGUUCAAUGAGAAAAAUGAAAAAAACAUUGAAGUUUUCUUAGGAUUAUGUAGAGGUUUUUUAGGAUUCAAACUACAAAAAUCUGUUAGAAGAACAGAUGAAGAAAGAAAUCAAAUAUUAAAAUUCUACAUAGACGAAUUGCUCGAUAUUUUUGAAAGAAGAGACCAUCAAUUGUUGACUGAUAUAUACAUUAUUUCUCUUGAAAAAAUUCCAAAAGAAAGAUAA